AUGGCGUCCUGGGCCCACCCCAGCUCCUGCGCCGACAUCGCCGUGGACACGGACGACGAGAGCGUGGAGCCCUGCGAGCCCCACGCGGCGCUGGACCUCGGCGACGACGCCAGCCCGCGGAUGUACGAGAGCGCCGACUUCGGGGACCUCGAGCAGGUCGGCGGCCGGGACCCCGUGCCCAUCUUCAACGCGAGCAGCCAGUGGCGGCGCCAGGUGACGUCGGCGAAAUUGGCCGAGGGCGGCCGAAGGCCCGAGCGGCGCGGGAGCGACCCCUUCCACUUCAUGGGCGAGGACAGCGACGACGGCGAGAGCGAGGGCGGCGGCGACCCGGCGCUCCAGUCCACGGAGGCGAUGAUGCGUUUCAUGAUGUGCGUCGGCGGCGAGGAGGGCAAGACCUACGACGAGGUCGUGUCCCACCACUACCGGCCCUGCGAACUGACGCCCGCGGACGCUUUCUACGACGAGAUCGAGGAACUGAAGAAGCAGGUCGCGGCGCUCGACGAGCCGCGGCGGCGGGGCGACGCGCUGCCCUGGCAGCAGGGCGACGACCACUGCGCCGUGCCGGGCUGCACGGGGGCGAGCCCCGACGAGGGCCGCAGGAAGCGCGGGCCGCCGCACGUCUGCGAGGACUUCGAGGAGGACGACUUCCCGGAGCCGCCCGCGCGCGACGCCGCGCCCGCGGCGAACCGCGGCGGCGACCGGCUCUUCGCGCUGAGCGAGGUGCUCGAGCUCCACGUCUACGCCUUCCUCGACGGCGCGUCGCUCGCGCGCUUCGAAAUAUCGUUCCGCGGCGCGCGCGCGCGGUGCGCGCCGCGGUGGCCGCGGCUCUUCGCGGCGCGCUUCGGCGGCGACGCCGUCGCGGGCGGCCGCACGGCCUACGGCGCGGGGUGUCGCGACCUCGGAAACGCGUUGGCCUGGGCGCCGCUGGACGUGGACUGCGACGGCGUAUCGCUCGGUAGGGGGUCCGCGGCGGUCGCGUUCCGCUGGUCCGACGGUCAGCCCUUCGGGUGCGCGAUCCACGGCGGCGGCGACGGCAUCUUGGUGCUCGAGGACUGCUUCCGCGCGGGCGCGGAGACGCUCCGCGGCGGCAAGCUCGCGCGGGGCUCCAUGGGCCCGCGGUCGCACGUCGACCUGCGGUCGCUCCGCCGCGGCGGCUCGUCGACGCACGCGCUGCUCGUCCACGGGGGGUUGGUGGAUUUGGCGCGCACGGCGCUCGCCUACGUCGUCUGCCGCGACGAGCUCGAGGGCGAGGUCUACGUGACCGCGCGGGAAGUGAGGCCCCACGCGGACAUGUGGCCGACCGUGCACCAUUCGUUGGACGUGCUCGGGGGGCCGCGCGGCGAGGUCGCCGUGAAGCUCGGGGGCCAGCGCUUCGACGGCGAGCCCGUGCCCGACUGCUUCGCGCUCGCCCUCGACGGGUUGGGCCACCCGGCGGCGGGCGACGGCUGGGUCGCGGUCGGCGACGGCGGCCCCGUGCCGCCCGCGCGCGCGUGCCACUGCACCUGCGCCGCGGGCGCCUCGCUCGUCGUCGCCGGCGGCUUGCGCCUCGACGCGCCGGGCGGCACGCUCACGGACGUCUGGGUCCUCGACGCCGGCUCGCUGAGCGAGCCCGCGGCCUGGGCCUGGUCGCGCUGCGCCGUGGACCCCGCGGCCGUGCGGCGGCCGCCGGCGUGGCGCGACGACGACGGCUCGUCGAACGGGCCCUGGGUCUUCGGCGUCGGCUACGGCGCCGCGCUCGCCGGGCCGCCCGUCGCCGUGUCGCAGCGCGUGCCGACGCGGGGCACGGCCUUCGCGCUCUGGCGCUGCUCCUUGCUCGAGGCCGCGCGGCGGGACAACGGCCUGGAUUUGUACCUCGCGGGCGACGGCGGCGUCGCGGCGGUGUCGCUCGAUUUAUCGGACGGCGGCGGCCGGCCCGCGCCGGCGAUCGCGCGCGCGCGGUCCCUCGUCGACGCGCCGCCGGCGCCCGAGGCCGGCGACGAGCGCCACGCGAAGCGGCGCUUCGACGCGGCCUUCUUCCGCGCGGGCAAGGUGCUCCUCUGCUUCGGGGGCAACGACGGCGAGCGCGACCGCGCGUGGUACGAUCUGGCGGGCCACUGCUGGCUCGACUGCCACGCCCUCGACGCGGCGGCGGGACAGUGGCGCCGCGUCGACGCGCCGAGGCGGCGCGGCGACGUCGCGCUGCCCCUCGCGUCGCCCGCGGGCGACGGGUGCCUCCUCUUCUCGAACGGCGACGGCGACGGCGCGCUCCGGGCGGAGCGCCUCGCCUGGAAGCGCGAGCCCGAGGGCGACGGCGCCGGCGUCGCGCAGGACGCCGCGGCGGCCGAGCGGCGCCGACUGGCCGCCGAGGCCGCCAAGGCCGCAGCGGCUGAGGAGGCUGCAGCGGAGGCCAAAGCCGCCGCCGACGCCAAAGCCGCGGAAGCGAAGGCCGCGGCCGACGCCAAAGCCGAGGCCACAGCGGCCGCCAAGGCCGCCAAGGCCGCAGCGCCAGCGCCCGCAGCGCCAGCGCCCGAGGCGCCGGCGCCCGAGGCGCGCGCGCUCGCCGCCGCGAGCAAGCCCGCGAUCGCCGGGCCGGAGUGCACCUCGAGAAUCGUGAUGGAGCUGAACCGGAAGGAGCGGCGGAAAUUGGCCGCCGAGGCCGCCAAGGCCGCAGCGGCGGAGGAGGCCGCAGCGGUGGAGGAGGCCGCCGAGGCCGCCAAGGCCGCAGCGCCGGCGCCCGAGGCGCGCACUGCCGCGAGCAAGCCCGCGAUCGCCGGGCCGGAGUGCACAACCGCGGAGAUCGUGACCAGGACCCGCCGGCUCAGCACGGUCACGGAAUGCGACACCCUCGGCGCCGUCUGCGUGGUCGGCGCGGGCCCUUUGGGCUCGGCCGCGGCGCGCCACCUGCUCGAGCUCGGCGCGGCGUCGGUCGUCGUGCUCGACGGCGCGGCGAGCGCGGCGACGCGGCGGCGGGGCUCGCACCACGACGGCGCGCGCCUCAUCCGCGCCGCGGACGCCGAGGGCGACGAGGUCUGGAGCCGGCGCAACGCCGCGGCCCUCGCGGCGUUCCCGGCCCUCGAGGCCGCGAGCGGCGUGCCGUUCUUCACGAACAGCGGCGCGCUCGUGCUGGGGCCGGAGGCCUUCGUCGCGCGCGCCGCGCGCGCCGCGGAGCGCGCGGGCGCCGCGCUCGAGCGGCUCGGCGACGCGGCGUCGCGGUACCCGUUCCUCGCGCCGCGCGAGGGCUGCGGCGCCGCGUGCGUGGACGGCGCGGCGGGCUGGAUCGACCCCGACGCGAUGAUCCGCGCGCAGCUCGCGGCGGCGGCGCGGGCGCACCCGGGGAAGCUCGAGGUUUUGGCGGGCGUCGCGGUCGAGGUGUCGCAGACCUGGGAGGGCGUGCGCGUGGCGACGGACGCGGGCGAGGACGUGCUGGCGGACCGGUGCGUGAUCUGCGCGGGCGCGCACACGCGGACCCUCGCGGGCGGUUUGGACGGCGUGGUGGUGUCGCGGCGGACCGUCGCGCUGCUGGAGGUGUCCGAGGCGACGGCGGCCGAGCUGUCGCGCUCCAUGCCGACGAUCAAGUACUGCUUCGAGCUGGCGUCUGCGGACGGCGGCGGUGCGGACGAGCAGAGCCGCGUCGAGGCCGCGAGCGUUUAUGUUUUGCCGCCCGUGCGAUACGAGGACCUCGGCGGCGGCUGGUUCGUCAAGAUCGGCGGCGGGCCGAACGACCCCAUGGCCGAGGACCCCGGGUCCGAGGCCAUCGACGCGUGGCUCGCGACGGAGGGCGACGCCGCGACCGCCGACUGGCUCGCGGGCGUCGGCCGGGAACUGUUGGCGGGCGUGGCCUUCGUCGGCGACGGCCACCGGUCCAAGGCGUGCGUGACGACGAUCGGCGGCACCGACGUCCGCGUCGCCUUCGCCGUGCCCCGCCGGCGGGUCGCCGCCGUCUCGCUCUGCUGCGGCAAGGCCGCGGGCCCCGCGGACGCCAUCGGCCGCGAGAUCGCCGCCGCCGUCGCCGUCGCGAGCCGGCUCGAGGACGCGGGCGUCUCGAAGCCCGCGCCCGCGGCCGCGAGCCGCGUGCCGGACGAGGGCGCCUCGAAGCCGGCCGAGUGA